GCUAUUGGUAACAGACGCCAAACAUUACAAAGAAGCUUCUGAAACGCUCAUACCGCAGUCAUGAGUUCGCCUUUGUCGAUGCUAAAGAAAACUAGACGUACUUCACUUGAGAAUGCUAGCGCCAAGAGACUUCCGGGGAAAGAGGUCACGUGUUGUCAUAGUUUUCAUUUGGCAGCUUAAUUUCUGUCACAGAAUGAACAAGGGGCCAGAAGCAAGGGCAAUUCAGGGAGACUGUAUCACCAGAAGUUCAAGUAUCAGAUAAUCCAAAUCUUCCUGUGGCCGGUGAUGUUAACUCUACCAUUUCUAAAGCACCAAAGAAAGAGACUGACCCUGCUGGAGAGGAAGGUCAGAAGCCAAAAAGAGGAGAUGGAGCACAAGGAAAACAUGAUUUCAUUGUUGAAGGAGCAACUGAAGGCUCAAGAAACAUCAGAGGGCGGCCAUAUUGAAAGCUGCAGGAAACUUGAGAGAAGGUGCCGACAGCUGCAGCACCAAGUGGAUGAAAUGGAGAGCUUCCUGAACGACUAUGGUUUGAUUUGGGUGGGGGAUAGGGAACACAGUGAUGCAGCAGUGCAAACAAGCAGCUCAGUCACAGAUGCUUCAGGGUUUAGACAUUUCCACGUGGACUUUGACCUUGUGCUACAGAGGAUCAAGGAGCUGAACAUCCUCACAGGGGAGGGGGAAUCUUUUGUACAAUCCACACCCAGUGGGGCACAGUUGGCUAGAAAAGUUCCCGUGCAACUGAGACUCUACAGAAAUGGCAUUGUGAUGUUUGAAGGACCUUUCCGCUCUUACCAGGAGGGCAGCACGCAGCAAUGCAUGCAGGAUCUGAUGGAAGGCUAUUUUCCAUCUGAGCUUCAGGGCAGAUAUCCAGAUGGUGUGCCUUUUGAGGUCCAUGACAGAAGAGAUGAGGAAUUUGUCCCCAGACUACCAUGGGAUAAAUUUCCAGGUAAGACAUCAAACGCAAAACAGUUCCUGAAAAGGCUGCCCAAAGUGGUGGUGAAGGCGGGUCAAGUGAUUGAUGUCAGAGACUCAGUGUGCACAACCUUGGAGGGUUCACCUGACACCGACAACGGCAACUCGAUCAUCCUUGUAGAUACACCAGCACUGCAAGUAAUCAAGGACAGGCUGCAGACACCGACCUCUGACAGGCCUUCUGGCCAUAACAUCAUCACACUCAAAGUUAAGUCAGAAGAUGGCAAUAACACUUACAUCCUAAAAAUGUGCCUUUCCGAGACUGUGGGUCACCUACGGCAACACCUGGACAGAUUCAGGGGUCAUGACCUGGCUGGAUAUGACAUUAUCAGCGCAUACCCUCAGCAUCACUACAAUGAUGAUUGCCAAACGCUUGGGUCGUGCGGGCUCACGACAAAUGUCACUCUUCUUCUGCGAGGAAGGAAAACACAGUUGUGAAAUAAAUGGCUCAUCUAAUGAUGAUUGUCUACUGUGUGUUCAGUAGACACUUCCGGUGCUUAUUUAACAUGGAAUUUGAGAUUGCCAAUGUAUAAACAUGAUGCCUUAAACAAGACAGUGAAAAUAUUUACUACCAAUGACAUUUUCCAGUAUUGCAUGGACCAUUGUUUUAAUUCAACACAAGAAAGCAAAAUAAAUUAGGAUUAAAAACAAAUGAAAAU